AUGCUCCAAAGCAUUCGACGACAAUUGGUCGCUGUCGACGGCCCUCUGUCCAGCGAUCAGCCGUACGCGAUCUUCAUUGGAGCUGCCGUAGGUGUCGUGUCGACUCUGUUGGUCGUCGUCGGUCUCGUGCUCUACUGCAGAGAACGCAGACGCCACAAAGAGCUCGAGCUCGAGCCAUACGUCGACUUGCCGUCCACUGUCCUUCCUGUUGACACCCACUUGUCGUCAGAUACAAUCGCUUCAGCUACCACUCGAACGCUCUUCCACAACGUGUUCGACCUGCAGCACACACAGUCCAUGUCGGACCUGCACCAUCGUUUCUACCUCGUGACGUCGCCCAUUGCCACCCGUGUUGCAGCUCCUCUCGAGCCCGAGCACCAGUCAAUCCAUCCUAUAAACCCGUCCAGCCACCGCUCAUUGUCCUUGUGCCGCAUGGUACAACAACCCAUUGACGAGCGUACUCGCGAAGCCUUCGGACAAAGCAGCGACGACCCACAAGAGCCCAACUCGCUCCACUCGUCCGCAACGACCCACAUAGGUCAACAACUCUGGUGGUCCCAUGACAGCCACAAAAGCUGCUGCUGCUGCUGCAGUGCAAUCACACCCCACGUCAACAGGACGCACAGCAACAACAGCAGCAACAGCAACAAUAGCAGUAGCAACCACCGACACGGGACCGACUCAAGUGCACCGCCGUCGGGCCUGUGGCAAGACCCGGCGAUCGUGGCCGUGCGCCUCCCCAUGGACAAAGUCACAAUCGGUGCGCUCGUGAGUCGCGGCGCCUUUGGACAGGUCUUCCGCGGGACGUACAACCGCCGGCCCGUGGCGAUCAAGCGCCUGCUGCCCGACGCACGGAAAGACGUGGCCCAGAUCCACGCGCUGCUGGCCGAAGUCAAACUCCACGCAGCGCUCGAGCACGAGCGAGUCGUCCAGUGCAUCGGCGUCGCCUACGACGCGCUCGCAGACCUCUGUGCCGUCUCCGAGUUCAUGCCCGGCGGCGACCUGCGCGCACUGCUCGUCACGUGGGCCACUACCGAGUGUCAUCCCACAGGCUUUGACGUCGACAAAGCGCACAUAGCACUGGACGUCGCGCAGGCGCUCACGUACUUGCACUCGCUCGCCCCGGCGGUGCUCCAUCGCGACCUCAAGUCGAACAACAUUCUGCUCGACAGCGAUCGACGGGCCAAAGUGUCGGACUUUGGCGUCGCGCGCAAGCGCACGGACGGCACAUUGACCGGUGGCGUGGGCACGUGCUUGUGGAUGGCGCCUGAAGUUAUGCUGGGCGACCGGUACAACGACAAGGCCGACGUCUUCUCGCUGGGCAUUGUGCUCAGUGAACUGGACGCGCACGCACUGCCGUACGCGGGCGCAACGUCCACAGAGACCGGUCGCGUGCUGCCGCCUGCAGCAGUUCUCCAGCUCGUGGCCAGUGACGAACUUCACGUGAGCUUCACGACGCCAAUGGCUGCUGCUGGUGCUGCUGCUUCUGGCGCAUGGAGAGCGAUGGCGCAACUGGGUGCAGCGUGUGUGGCGUUUGCACCCGAAGACCGACCGACGGCGGCUCAAGCAACGUAUCAGCUGCAGCUCAUUGUGCGCGCGUUUGCGCAGACGGACGUUGCCGAGGAACCGUAA